UUUGGUUAUUUCAGUGUAACCCUCCGCCUGCGGUAGAAGUGCUGAGGCUAGGGUAGCCACCAUUUUGAAUGUCUGGUCUGUUCCUCCCUCCGUCGCAAAUAGAGAAGAUUCCAGUAAUUUUCUGGUAUCAUUACGGCUAAGGAUGCCAGCUCCGAUCAGACUGCGGGAGCUGAUCCGGACCAUCCGGACGGCCCGGACCCAGGCAGAGGAGCGUGAGAUGAUCCAGAAAGAGUGUGCUGCCAUCCGCUCGUCCUUCAGAGAGGAGGACAACACCUACCGCUGUCGAAACGUGGCCAAGCUACUCUACAUGCACAUGCUGGGCUACCCGGCGCACUUUGGGCAGCUGGAGUGCCUGAAAUUGAUUGCGUCCCAGAAGUUCACCGACAAGAGGAUAGGGUACUUGGGAGCCAUGUUGCUGUUGGACGAGAGGCAGGAUGUCCAUCUACUCAUGACAAACUGCAUCAAGAAUGACCUGAACCACAGCACACAGUACGUCCAGGGCCUGGCCUUGUGCACGCUGGGCUGCAUGGGCUCCUCCGAGAUGUGUCGCGACCUGGCUGGGGAGGUGGAGAAGCUGCUCAAAACAUCCAACUCCUACUUGAGGAAAAAGGCGGCACUGUGUGCGGUCCACGUCAUCAGGAAGGUCCCAGAGCUGAUGGAGAUGUUCCUCCCGGCCACAAAAAACCUGCUGAGCGAGAAGAACCAUGGUGUUCUCCACACAUCGGUGGUCCUCCUCACGGAGAUGUGUGAAAGAAGCCCUGACAUGCUGUCACACUUCCGAAAGUUGGUUCCACAGCUGGUGAGAAUCCUGAAGAACCUGAUCAUGUCGGGAUACUCGCCCGAGCAUGACGUGUCUGGUAUCAGUGACCCCUUUCUGCAGGUGCGAAUAUUGAGACUAUUGCGAAUCCUUGGCAGGAGUGACGAUGACUCGAGUGAAGCGAUGAAUGACAUUCUUGCACAGGUUGCAACCAACACAGAAACGAGUAAAAAUGUAGGCAAUGCAAUCCUUUAUGAGACAGUACUGACCAUCAUGGACAUCAAAUCAGAAAGUGGACUGAGGGUGUUGGCCAUCAACAUUCUGGGACGCUUCCUCCUCAACAAUGACAAAAACAUCAGAUACGUGGCUUUGACAUCCUUGCUGAAGACUGUACAAACGGACCACAAUGCAGUGCAGAGGCAUCGGAGCACCAUUGUGGACUGUUUGAAAGACCUGGACGUGUCCAUCAAGAGGCGUGCGAUGGAGCUGAGUUUCGCCCUGGUGAACGGCAACAAUAUCCGAGGCAUGAUGAAGGAGCUGCUCUACUUCCUGGACUCCUGCGACCCAGACUUUAAAGCAGACUGUGCGUCCGGAGUCUUCCUGGCUGCAGAGAAGUACGCGCCCUCAAAGAGAUGGCACAUCGACACAAUCAUGAGAGUCUUGACAACGGCGGGGAGCUACGUGAGGGACGACUCGGUCCCCAACCUGAUCCAGCUCAUCACCAACAGCGUGGAGAUGCACGCCUACACCGUGCAGAGACUCUACAAAGCUCUGCUGGACGACAUCUCCCAGCAACCUCUGGUGCAGGUGUCGUCCUGGUGCAUAGGCGAGUACGGAGACCUCCUGGUGUCUGGCCAGUGUGAGGAGGAGGAGCCCAUCCAGGUGACCGAGGAUGAGGUCCUCGAUGUCCUGGAAGGUCUUCUAGUGUCCAACAUGUCUACCCCUGUAACCCGGGGUUACUCCCUCACUGCUAUCAUGAAGCUGUCCACCCGAUUCACUAGUGUCAACCGAAUCAAGAAGGUGGUGUCAAUAUACGGCAGCAGCAUUGACGUGGAGCUGCAGCAGAGAGCUGUAGAGUACAACGCCCUUUUCAAGAAGUACGACCACAUGAGGCCUGCCCUACUGGAGCGAAUGCCCAUCAUGGAGAAGACUGCCUCCAAUGGCCCCACUGAGAUCGUCCAGACCAAUGGCGAAACGGAGCCCUCAGUUCUUGACACGAAACACCCGCCCCCUGUAAUUCAACCAGCCAAUCAGGCUAAUGACCUGUUGGACCUCCUGGGGGGUAAUGACGUGGUACCUGUGAUCCAGACCAGCCUGCCCACCAAGCCUGCCUCCGCUGGGGGAGAGCUGCUGGACCUGCUGGGGGACCUCUCUCUCACUGGUGGUCCUGCCCCCUCUGUGCCUGUCUCCCAGCCCCCCUUCCUCCUGGAUGGCCUGUCCUCACAGCCCCUGUUUAAUGACGUGGCAUCAGGCAUCCCCCCCAUGACAGCGUACAACAAGAAUGGGCUGAAGAUCGAGUUCACCUUCGAGAGGUCCAACCCCAACCCCAAUAUAGCAGUCAUCACCAUCCACGCUUCCAACACCACCGAGGCCGACAUGACAGAAUUUGUUUUCCAGGCUGCAGUACCAAAGACAUUCCAGCUGCAGCUCUUGUCCCCUAGCAGUAACGUGGUCCCCGCUCUCAACCAGGGCAGCGUCACCCAGGUCAUCAGAGUCCUCAACCCCCAGAAGCAACAACUGCGGAUGAGGGUGAAGCUGACGUACACCCACAGAGGCUCUGCUGUCCAGGACCUGGCCGAGGUCAACAACUUCCCCCCUCAGUCCUGGCAGUGAGGGGCGCUGCCGCGUCGCCCUUAAAGACCCCCGCCAAGGGAACUAUGGGAACGAUUCUCCCCCGAGCCUCCUCCCUCCCCCCUCUCCUCAACUGACCCCCCCCCCCCCCCUGUGACAUCAUACAUCACUGCAGACUGCUGCCCUGGGGUUGCAUGGGAAACAGCGGAACCUCUUAAGACGCACGGCCACACUUCACACACACACACGCACAAACAAGCGCGCUCACAGAAAAAAAAAAAAAAAAAAAAAAAAGAUGGUAUGAACACCAUGAUGUCGACAUUGAUGGCAAUGACUAUAUUGACGUCACCUGAAAAAAAAUCUCAAAACAUAUCCAUGUACUAACCCUCUCUCUUCUUCUUGAUUGGUUUCACUUUGAUCGGCUUUGCAGUUGGCACUAUUCCCCCCCUCCACCUCAGCACACGUAGACUCACCAUGCACUUGCUGUGGUACCGUACACCCAACCCCCUCUGUAAACCAGCAUACUACAGAGAAGCGUCUGAGCACUCUUUUAAUCCAUCAGGUUUACCUUUUAAUUCCUGUUUUCAAUUUUGAAAGUUAAUUUACACACGGGUAAUUUCUUCUGUCUGAAUGAGAUGCAAAUAAACCUCCCGCUAUUUGUACACUCUCCA